AUGUCAAAACGAGUAGACGUAUAUUCCAUGCAAAUUGUUUUGAAUUAUUUGAAAGAGUAUGACGAUUUCAUAAAUAUUAUUUCGGUGUGUAAGAAGUAUCAAUAUACACUUGACCGCAUUCGUAUGAAUCCAAUCCAAAUCACUCCAAAAACAAAAAACCUUUUUAAAUUUAUUCAAACCCAGCAAUUUUUCUCCCCCUUUGACAUGAAACUAAACACCGAAAAAUCACUUUUUAAUUAUUCAAAAUGCGCAAAAGAUUGUUUAUUUGAGUUAAAAAAUUACAACUCUUGCCCUUUAUCUAUUUUUACAAAAGAAGACCGAAUCGCUUUUGACGGCAAAAUCCCAAACUUUGUCAAGAAAAUUGGAAAAAAUUCAUUUGAAAACUGUGAUGUACAUUCAAUAAUUCUUCCAACCUCAGUCAUUGAAAUUUCUCAAUACGCAUUUUAUGGUUGCUCGAAUAUCACAGAAAUUGUUUUGCCGCCACAUCUCACGACACUUGGUAAUUACUCAUUUUACGAUUGCAUAAAUUUGAAAGAAAUUAAACUCCCAAAAAUGCUUAAGUUCAUUCCAGACUCAUGUUUUAGCGGAUGUACAUCACUAUCUUCUGUAAGUUUUGGCACACAAAUUACGUUGAUUGGAUAUCGUGCUUUUAAUGAAUGUGCUUUCAAUAAUUUUACAGUUGAUAAGAAGGUCUUUAUCAACAAACUUGUAUUCUCUAGAAAUACACUCACAAGUAUCAAAUUUUGUGGUAAAACGUGUAUACCCCGUAUGACGUGUUAUGAUUGUAAGCAUCUCAAAGAAGUUGUGAUGGACAACACCGUAGAGAUCAUCGCAGACUCCGCGUUUUCAGAGUGCAACUUACUUGAAAAAAUUACUCUUUCUACGAACUUGGAAGUCAUUGAUUAA